ACCUGUUGUAGUAACCGGCGUUCGAAUAAAAGUACGUUACUUUUCUCAAUCUGACACUUGUUUACAAAUUUCCUGUCGAAAUCCGCUUGUUUUACAAAUUAUCGAAUAUUUAUCUGGAUUUUUAAUUGCAUUUUCACAUUCUCGACGUAUUUUUUUCCCUGUUAUCAUAGUGUUGCUUGUUCCCGAACGAUUAUCAAUAUUGUAUGGCUAAAUUUGCGGAUACUGGAUGUUCGUAUACUCAAAGCUUCCUGCAACAGUUACAAACCGAAUGGAAAGAGUUCUGGUUCGAAGUAGGCCACUGCGAGUUGGCUGAAAAUGCACCUUCUAGUUCUGUACGUGCCGCAGAACGAAAGCACGAUGUUCGUGAAAAUCUAGUCGAAUCGUUGAAUAAGUUUAAUAGCACUUGUGAUGGCAAUAUCGUUAUUCCUGUUCCUCUGAAAACUCUCAAAAGAUUAUUCUCUCCGUCCAAAUGCAACGCCGACGAUGUGUUCAAAGUAGAAUUCUUCAACGAAAUAAAAGAUAACCUGAAUCUCACCACGAAAACAUGUAACCAGCUGCAAAAACUCUUGCUCUCCGAGAGCGAUCUAGAAGUGAGUGAUUUUCCUACGCCUUCGAUUCUAACAUCGAAUCAACGUAAAAGUGCUCCGGCUCGGUUGGUGAACAAAAAGAAGAUAAAAUCCAGACAAUUAUUCGAUAAAAAUGAUCUCGUACUCAAGGUGGCCAAAAACACCGAAAAUGCUGCGGAUAAGGAGAACGCGCCACGAAAUACUAACGCUGUUGUAGCAAAGCCUGACGAUAAAAAUAACAGAUUGAACGAUAUUAUUAGAAAUAUUAUCGAUGAUAGCGAUGAAAACGUCCAUGUGACGUCUACUCAACGAAGGAACGUGCUGCAAACUAUCGAUAGAAAUAUUAUAGCUGCUGGAUCGGCUAAUAUUAAUACUAAUAAUAAUAAAAAUAGUACUCCUAAGCCGAAACCUCCUCCGGUGGAAGCAGAUAGACGUAAAUUGUUAUCUAUCAAAAAAACAAAACGAACGAGAAAUACCAAAGAGCAACGAGACCAAGCCGAUGAUGAUGAUGCUAGGCCUAGAUACAGUAGUGUUUACGAUUUGAAGCUAGAUUCCAGAGAUUCGUCCGGAUUGUUUAUUACCGGUCGAUCGCAGAAAAAACAAGCUAAGCCUACGAUCGUAUGCACGUAUUUCAAUCAGUCAGAAUUAGAGAAAAUUUAUCAAACUGUCAAGAAGCUGGGCUUCUUCGAGAUAGAAAAUAGUGUCAGUGCUAGAACUACUCACUUGAUUUGUGGCAGUUCCAAAAAAACUGUUAAUCUGUGCAAAGCUGUAGCUCGUGGGUGCUGGAUAUUGGAUAAGGAAUGGAUAUUUUCGUCGUGUUCGGAGAAACGUUGGUUAUACGAAGAGAGAUUUGAAAAAUAUGAUUUAUCGCCAGCUGUGAAGGAAAACCGUAUCAAGCGUCAAAAAUUUGGACCAGUUUAUCGCUGCAAUAUUUUUACCAACUGUGGAGCCAUGUUUGUGAGUCCAAGUUGCGCUCAUCCUAAAACCGACGAUAUCAAAGAACUGAUCAUGUUAGGUGGAGGUCGUAUAACCGAUAAUGCUGCAAAGGCUAAACAUAUCGUAGGCCAUGUUGCUCAGCGUGAGUGUUUGAAAGAAACAUGGAUUUUGAGUAGUAUAAUGCAAGGCCAGGUUUUAAACAUUACCAGUCAUUUCAAAAUAACCUAAGAAUGAUGGUUGAGGGUAUUUGUCCAAACUUUGAAAUUCUGUAAAGCCAGGAAUGAGAGCAUGCCUACCAUACAAUUUUGGCAAAAAGCCUUCCUUUAUAUUGUGGUGUGUGCAGAAUAUGGUGAUUUCACUGAUUUGUCAUCAAUGUGGUUCCUUUUCAGCAUCUGAUGUGUUUUAUUAAAUUGUAUUUUGUGAACCAAGUUAGAUUAUGUUUUUGAAAGGUCUUUCAUGGUUCUUCUUUUUAAAGAUUAUUAUUCAUAUUUGCAUAAAACUUGCAUUCUUCCUGGGGAUUCCGUGUAAUGUGAUUUAUUUUUUCAUUUGUAUUGUUAUAAUUUUCUUGUUGCUCAUUCAAUUAGGUACCUAUAUCAUUUUGUAUUAUUUGCAAAAGUAAUCACUAUUCUUAAUGUUUGUAUUAAUGGGUUAUAUGUAGUAGGAAUAAGAUGCAGGACAUUUUUGUUGUAAAGAAUGUAUCACUUGCAAAUACUUUAAAAUAUGUAUAGGAUAUGAAGUAGCAUAGUAAGAGGAAGGAACUACAUUGGUGACAAAUAAUUGCUUUGUAUGCAUCACAGACAUAAGAAUUUCCUGGUGAAAAUGGGACCAGCUCAAAUUGUAAACUGGGCCUGCUCAAAUUUCUAGACUAAUACCACAAAUUCCUGGAAGAGUGGGGUAAGUAUUCAAUUGUCCUGUCAUUUAAUGAUAAUCAGUUGCCUUAUUAGUAAUAUGUAGUAAGCAUUGUGAUGUGAAUCUUGUACCUACUUGAGGUAUAUUUAGUGACAAAUUGAAUAAAAAAUUUUAAAUAUCCGGUUCAUA